GAGGGGGAGCAGAGGAGCUUCAUGGUGUUUUAUGUGGAUGACAUCCUCAUAUUCUCACCCUCCUCUGACCUUGUGAAGGAGGUGAUGCUGAAGCUUCAAGACAAGUUCAAGUGCAAGACCCUUGGUGACAUCAACUACUACCUUGGGCUUCACAUUGAGCGAGAUGUGGAGAAGCGGUGGAUGCGAGUGCAUCAAAAGAAGUACUUGGAGGCCUUGGCUGCAAACUUUGGGAAGAGUGAAGGUCAUGUGGCUACUUCUCUUCCCUCAGGGUUCAAGUGUGUGAAAGGACCAGUGGAGGAAAGUAUUGGUGAAGAGGAGAGGCGCCAUUUUCACUCCUUGGUGGGCAGCCUCAUGUAUGCGGCUGUUCACACAAGGCCGGAUGCAGCCUUUGCUACCGGGCAGCUGGCUAGGCUUGUCCAAUGCCAUAAUGAAGAACAGGUAGCAGCCAGAAAGAGGGUGACCAAGUACCUUGGCCAAACAGCAACUGUUGGACUGCAAUACUCCGCGGCGGCACAAAUGCGUCAAAAGGGGGCGGAUGGAGUUGCUAUUGCAUUGGCAAAGAAACCCAUUCUUCAUGGCCUUACCAAGCACAUGAAGGUGGAGUGGCAUUGGGUGAGGAGCAUG